AUGUCGACUCCAUCGAAACAAUACCUCUCUAGCGGCCAGGUCAUGCAGAGCCCACCGCUCACUGCCAGAAUCACCCGCUUCACUGAGUCCGCAAUCCAGUUUGUCAGCCUUUACUUCGUCACUCUUCUCUCCUUCGACUCCUACGGAUCCGCCGAAUCCUCAUCAUUCGCAACCCAAAACAACGCCGCCCUCCAGGGUAGCGGUCCAAGGGGCAACGGUACUGCCGGGUUCGGUGGCGGCGCUGGAAGACCUGAUCCUCGUGGUCCUGGUAGACGAUUGGGAACCGUCGAUUCAGUCAGAGGACCGGAGUGUAAAAGCUGUCAGUAA